ACCCCAUCGGUCUCCAUCUCCACGCACCUCACUAGCUAGGGAAGGAAGAAGCAUGGUCUCCAUGGCGGCGGCCAAGAUCGCCGUCCUCCUGGCCGCGACGGCGCUCUUCGCCGCAGCAGGGGCAGCGGACCCCCAACCUCCCCAACCCGGAAAGGAAACCCAGUGCUGGCAGUGCUACUCCUCCUGCAUGCUCAAGUGCGACAACAGCAGCUGCGGCGACGUCCAGAAGUACUUCCAGUGCAAGAAGUCGUGCAUCCUGGACUGCUACAAGGACCUGCCGCCAGUGUGCUUCAAGAUGUGCAUCAAUGAGACCUGCCUCACCCUGCCAGCAGAUAAACAGGUGGAUUGCUACAAAGCAUGUGGGAUGAAAUGCUUCCACUACCCAGGGCCAAACCCGGGCCCGAAGCCGAUGCCACCAUCGCCUACACCUCCGAAGCCGAUGCCACCGCGGCCGACGCCCGCACCUCCGAAGCCCAUGCCGCCGUCGCCCAUGCCACCGCAGCCAACCCCGCCUAAAGCCACCUAAUGCGCCCAAGACAAAGCAGAUGCCGCCGUGCCCGCCACAUCGAGCAACACCAGCAACAACUGAUGGGUGUACGUGACGACGUCUAUGCACACAUACUUUCAAGUGAACUCGCGAUAUAUACAGCACAACAGUAUAAGUAUAAGUAGAGCCCUCGAAAAAAAAAAGAGUAUAUGAGGGGUUAUGAUUGCUAAUAUCGAUAUAGCAGGUUAUUCUAUAGGAUUACUCUAUAGAAGAAGUAAUCCAUCAGCUCUAAGUAAACUUUGUAUAAAUCAUUCAUGUCUAAGGUAUGUGUUGCUGAUGUU